GAGAGACCAUCAAGAUUGUCAUGGAAGAAUAUGUGCAGCACCUUAGUGGCUAUUACUUGAAGCUGAAAUUUGACCCUGAAUUGCUGUUUGGAAUCCCGUUUCAGUACCAAAACCGUAUCUCCUCAGAGUUUAACUAUCUGUACCACUGGCAGUCAUUCAUGCCCAACUCCUUUGUGGUAGGAGACAAGGAAUACAGUUAUGAGCAGUUUUCAUUCAACUCCUUCAUGCUUUUUGACCAUGGUGUAGAGGCCCUGGUGGAUGCCUUCACCCAACAGAGGGCAGGGCAGAUUGGUGGGGUCAAUAACAUCAACAACCUUUUGAGUAUGGUGCCUGAGAAUGCCAUUCUGGAAUCACGUAACCUGAAGUUUCAGUCCUUCAAUGAAUACCGCAAGCGAUUUGGCUUGAAACCCUACACCUCCUUCCAAGAGCUCACAG